AUGAAAUCCUGCAAGCCAAACCCUAAGGAGACUCCCCCUGCAGAGGCUGGCUUCCCCUGCAGCAGUGAGGCAGGCUGUGCAGUGAAAGGCAGCUCUGAACGCCUGGAGAACGCCGCCAAGCGCAGGCUGGCUGCCAACGCCAGGGAAAGGAGAAGAAUGCAGGGGCUCAACAUGGCCUUUGACCAUCUGCGCAAAGUGGUCCCCCAGUGGGGUCAAGACAAAAAGCUCUCCAAGUAUGAGACUCUUCAGAUGGCGCUCAGUUACAUCAUGGCCCUGACAAGGAUCCUGGCCGAAGCCGAGAGGUUCAGCGCACAGAAAGGCUGGAUUAACUUUCAUGAGGGGCAUUUCCACGCUUGCACAAGUCAGAAGGCAGCUGCAGAGACCGAGCCCUAUGCUCCCAGACUUUUCCACUUCCAGCCUGAUCACUUCUAA